GAAAAGAAAGAACCCUAAUUUUAACGAGAAUCGAAGAGAUGAUCCGAACCAAAUUUGCAAAGUUUUGUGGGAGAGGGACUCGAGAUUACUCCACAUCUGUCUCCUCAUCUUUCUCAGUGUCGUCAGCCUUCAAACGACGGUGGCGAGAGCAGAAAAUUUCGGGUCUUUUGGUUACAUUCCUUGGUGGAUAUUGUUUCCACUUUUAUUUAAGAUUACAUGAGAGAAACGAGCACUGGCAUAAAGUGGAUAGAAUGUACAACGAGGAAACGAAGCGUAGCGAGGAUCUGUCUGACAAGUUUCUACGAUAUCUUAACGAAGACUAUGACGAUGUUCCUAAACCCGGGAGAAAGAAUUUAUAAAAAAAAAACACCACCUCUGGUUGGUUGGUUGGUUUAUGUGUCUUUUGUUUAUCUCUACGUGUUUGGAAAUGUAAUGUGUGGAUGGAGGGAUAAUAAACAUUAAUUAGUACAUGAGCUUGUCGAAACUUCUUUAUCUCUCUCCAUCAGUUUCUUCAUCUUGUUGCUUGUUUGUCUCAUCUCUACACCUCGUUGGAUUGUAUAAGACCAAGUAGCUAAAGAGAGAGAAAAAAAAAGGUUUAUUUGAAGUAUGUUAAUAUCACACGACAAAUGGAGAAUUUGUCAUAUGCUUUCAAC